AUGUUAGAAAGAUUAGCAAACCACCCUUUUUAUUGUUUUCUUGAUGGCUACAGUGGUUUCUUCCAAAUCCCGAUCCACCCUAAUGAUCAGGAGAAGACCACUUUCACAUGCCCUUAUGGUACCUUUGCUUAUCGAAGGAUGCCAUUUGGGCUGUGCAAUGCCCCAGCUACUUUCCAGAGAUGCAUGACCUCCAUUUUUUCAGAUCUGAUAGAGGAGAUGGUAGAAGUCUUCAUGGACGAUUUCUCAGUCUAUGGAGCAUCCUUCUCCUCAUGUUUGUCUAACUUGUGCAGGGUGUUGCAGAGGUGUGAGGAGACAAAUCUAGUACUCAACUGGGAGAAGUGCCACUUCAUGGUUCGAGAAGGGAUUGUGCUUGGACACAAGAUUUCCGAGAAAGGGAUCGAGCUCGAUCGAGCUAAGGUGGAUGUCAUGUUGCAGCUUCCUGUUCCCAAGACUGUGAAGGACAUCAGGAGUUUUCUGGGUCAUGCAGGGUUCUACAGAAGAUUCAUCAAGGAUUUCUCAAAGAUAGCAAGACCCUUGACAAGGCUUCUGUGCAAGGAGACAGAUUUUGAGUUUGAUGAAGAAUGCCACAAGUCUUGGACCUUGCUGAAGGAUGCUCUGGUAUCUGCCCCAAUAGUUCAAGCUCCAAACUGGGAUCACCCAUUUGAGAUUAUGUGUGAUGCAUCUGACUAUGCAGUAGGAGCAGUGCUUGGCCAAAAGAUAGACAAGAAACUCAAUGUCAUCUACUAUGCAAGCAAGACUAUGGAUGAUGCUCAAUGCAAGUAUGCAACCACAGAGAAGGAGCUCCUUGCCAUAGUCUUUGCCUUUGAGAAAUUUCGAAGCUAUAUAGUUGGGUCCAAGGUGAUUGUGCACACUGACCAUGCUGCCCUUAGGCACAUCUUCGCUAAGAAAGAUACAAAGCCAAGACUUCUCAGAUGGAUCCUUUUGCUUCAAGAGUUUGACAUAGAAGUUGUGGACAAAAAGGGAGUAGAAAAUGGAGUUGCUGAUCAUCUCUCUAGGAUGCGAGUUGAAGACAUGAUCCCCAUCAAUGAUUCUAUGCCUGAAGAACAGCUUAUGGCAAUCAUGAUCUUGAAGGAGAGUUUUGAUGAGAAAGCCAGGCUGGAAGAAGUUAAGGCUCUGCGUGAUGAGAAUUUGCCAUGGUAUGCUGAUAUAGUGAACUUCAUGGUGUCCGGAGAAGUCCCUAGUAGCUUUGAUGCUUACAAGAGGAAGAAAUUCUUCAAGGAUGCUAGGCAUUACUAUUGGGAUGAGCCUUACUUGUACAAGAGAGGACCAGACAGCAUUUACAGGAGAUGCAUAGCUGAAGAGGAUGUACAAGGAGUUCUAGAGCAUUGCCAUGGGUCAGCUUAUGGAGGUCACUUUGCUACAUUCAAAACAGCAACUAAGGUUCUGCAAUCUGGUUUGUGGUGGCCUACCUUGUUUAAAGAUGCAGCAAGCUACAUCCAAGUGUGA